AUGGCUUCUCCAAGAAGUGAGGCUUAUGAAGAUCCACUUAGAAAACGGUCAAAUACAUCAGGCAUAGUGAGUAUAAUAACACAUGAUGAAGUUGGUGGUAAAAAACAUAGAAGAGUGGAAGAACCUGAAAUUGAAUGGAGUGAUUUAAUUUUUCUUCCGUUUCAUCCGGUGUUUAAGUUGUUCGUGCUCGUGGCUGUCCUUAUCAAAGUAAUGCUGGGCCCUGUACAAGCGGUAUACCCAAUAGUUUAUUGUAACGAUGUUAUGGAUUACCAUCCAGUUUUGAUCGGUAUCAAGUAUUGUUAUUGGUAUUUUUGUGAUUCGAUUUAUGGCAUCGAUACUUUUCUCCAUAUCGUACACAGGCAAGUGGUGGAUAAGGCGAUGAGACGCGAACAUUUACCAAAAUCGGCAUUUUGGUUGCUCAUUGAUAUUUUAUCUCUACUUCCGUUGUUUCGUUUAACUAUAAAUGAUCCCUGCCCACCAGCCCAAGUGUGGCCGAAUAUUUUAGCGUUCAAUGAAUUUUUGGUUAUUUACAGAAUAACAGACUAUUUUGCAUUACGAUCUACUCAUUCUUACCUAAAGCUUUUGGUCGGUGGUUCACUUGUGAUGGUCAUGUGUAUCAACUGCAUUGCAUGCUUCUUUUUACUGGUCACAUACCAAGGUUUUUGUGAACGUUGUAAUAAUGACAAAGGCGUUUAUUUUGAUUGGAGAGCAUUUGUAUCACACAAACUUAAUGAAACAGAUGAAGGAUACGCAACAUUCAUUUACGGAGUAGUAUUUAUAUAUUCUUAUUUUAUUAGAAUGAAUAUAGACGAUAUGAAGCCAUCUACGAUUCUGGAGUAUAUAGUGGUGUGCUUAUUGAUGGUGUUGAGCUACGUAGUAGGACAUUUCAUAUUAGUACCCAAAUCCUUUGCUGAAUCUACGUUAAGGUUUCGCGGAAUUAUUUCUUUGUAUUCAAGAGUGAUAAAAAUUAUUGAUGAGACUGAAAGAAGAAAUCCUAAUGAUGACUCAGCAAAAAUAGUUAAACAAUAUUAUAAAAAGUUAUAUGAAAAAAAGAGUUGUAUAGCAAGAACACCUAAGUUUUUUUUUGAGCUACCUAGAUAUUUGAGGCUUGAAAUUAUGCAGGAUUUGCUAUGGCCAUUGUUUUAUCAUAGUCCUACUUUGAGGAAAACAAGCUAUCCAUUUCGACGUCUGAUAACUGAUCUUGCAGUUAUGAGUUUUAAGUUGCCGGGUGAGAAAUUUUUCACAGGGUUAAAUAAUACUGGUUCUUUAUAUUAUCUCAAAUCUGGGAUACUCCAGCUCAUUUCACUAGAUGAUGGAGUGACACCGAUUCUUUCUGUUACGGCUGGGACAAUAUUUGGAGACAUAUGCUUUUUUGUGCCUCAUGUAAAAAGGAAAGUUAUAGUUCGUUGCGUCACAUAUUGUGAAUUCUACUAUGUCAAGCGAGUGGAUAUGAUACGAGCUUUAUAUAAAUAUCCAGACGACCGAAAACAUGUCAUGAAUGACGCCCGGUGCAGAUUGUCUCACGCAAAAGUAUUAUUUGCGAACAAAAAAAAUAUAAGAGGACUUGAUAGAAAUGAAGAUGAAGGAAUCUGUUGGAUUAAGAGGCGAUGGUGGGAAUUGUCUAACUUCUUUGAGAGUUACAAUCUUAGUCCAGAUGAAUUUAAAGAAAGAUUAAAGGGAAAUUUAUCACAUGAUGAAACAAUAUACCACUGUGCUAAAUAUAUAGGACAACUUGUUCUAUGUAAUAAAACUGAAUUACAAACAAAUUCUAUGUUCACUCGAUUAAAAUUUCCGUGGAUACUUAACGUUCGUUCCCAGUUCGGGCGCAUAUGGUACCGAAUUCUUUCUGCCACCGUACUUCUUGUACUGUUCUUGUAUCCAUUAAAUUUAGUUAAAGCCCAUGUACCUGACUGGUUUAUAUUUUUCACAUUUUUUGUAGAUACUGUUUAUAUUAUUGAUAUAGGUGUGUCUCUCAUGACUGCAGUCAAGAGACAAAACACUCUGACGAAUACAUUUUCUACAGUCAUUUUUGAACGUUUUAAGAGCAUAACUUUUUUCCUUGACAUACUAUCCACAAUUUGGAUUGAAGAUGUAGCAGAACUUUGUGGAGCCCAGACCGGACUUAAUUAUACUCUUCAAUUUAAUAGGGUCAUUAAAGUUUACGUACUUUUUUAUGGAGAGUAUUUAGAAUUUGAUGUUCAUCAAGAUCCUAUAGUUGACAUUUUUCGAAAAAUGAUAUUGGCUCAACUCACCUUUCAUAUUGUUACUAGCCACUUUGUAUUUGACAUGCUCUAUUAUUUUCCGAAGCUGUCUCCAAACUUUUUCUUUGGAAAAAUAAUUUGCUCUAAGGCCCAUACUACAAAUUGCACUGAACCAAAUAUACUUGGAGCUACUAUUCCAUGGUUGUUUGAGUGGAGCUAUGCCGAAAAUUUUGCUUCAAAUUUGGCUGAUGUAUAUUUGGCUGCAUUACUUAGUUUUGUGGUCUUUAUUUUGUAUUUGUUUUGCAAAGGAAGAUAUUUGUCCUAUUUAUACUUACAUAAUAUGAAUAUAAUAAGGUACCAGAGUUUUGUUAUACAAAUUAAGAAGUAUUAUAAACACUAUAGAAUACAUCAAGAUUUACUUAAGAGACUGGACAGGUAUCUCAUAUGUCACUGGAAAUACUACAAAGGUACAGACGUAUUAGAGGGUAAUAAAUUAGAAGAUGAUGCAAGAGCCAUAUACUGGAAGGUCCAAGGAAACAUGUCUAAAUCAAUUAUAAGCCAAUCCAAACCAUUCCUUCAUGCGGAUCCUCACCUUAUAGCGGACUUAAGUAGAGCAACACACUAUUUGAUUCUUCCCAAAAAUUCUAACAUAUGUAUGUUCGGAGUUCAAAGUAAAAAUGUUACUUGGGUCGCUCAGGGUUACGCAAAAUCCGAGUAUUCUGAUGAAAACGGAAAGUUGGUUACGGAAUACUUUGGACCCCGUUCUUUGCUAUCUUUAUUUGAAAUUUUUCUUGGGAAAGUAUCACUGCGAUCUUAUACAGCAUACACUGAUUGUGAAAUAAUUUAUAUACCAGUUAAAGAAUUUUUGAAUGUUUACAAAAAAUAUCCAAAGGAACAGGUGUAUGUACAAAAUUGUGUACAAGAGUUUGGAACUAGAUACAACGACAUUUUUCAGGAUCAUGUCCUGCAACAUAGAGAUUAUCAACACAAACUCAGGGAUAGGCUUUACAGUUCAAGAAUGUUGAUUACUUCCAAUAGUAAAAUUUUUGCUAACUUUCAAGACACUCGAUCGUUAUCUGUUGAAGGCAUUUUCUGGGGAGAUCCGGAGUCAAGAUUCAUGCAGUCGUGGAUGUUGUUCCGAGUUAUAAUUGUGUGUAUAUCCAUAAUUAGCGCGGCGAUGCUAGGUGGCGUGGGAGCAGUGUCACGAUGGAUUUUUAUGAUGAUCAGUGCAUUCUGUGAUUGUGUUGCGUUUGUUGAUAUCAUUAUCAAGCUAUGUUUACCUUAUUAUAACAGGCGAGGGCUUUAUGUUACGGAUAAGUCAUUAUGCUUGAGAAAUUACCUCACGAAAGGAUUUUUGUUAGAUAUCAUCGGCGCUUUUCCAUGGCAUAGUGUUCUUCGGGCUCUUAUAUCACAUGAAAUAGACGAUGACAGCACGUUUCUUAUAAAUACAGUUUGCAAGUUUGCCCAUAUAUACAUAAUUUUUGCAUAUUUUGAUUACAUUACGGAUGUACCGACUGUUAAUUUUACUUACAUCAUGAUAUUUAAAUGGCAGAUUGUAAACAUGUUAAUUGUUUUAGCAUCUAGCCAUUAUUUAAUGGUUAAUUGUGUUCAUUUUGAAUUUAGUAAAAAGAAUGAUUUAGUUAGUGUUCUUCUUAGGAAUCAAUGCUGGAUGCCGUCGUUAUAUCAUUUACCUAAAAAGUUGAACGGACAUCAGUUGCAUCUGAUAUUCGCUCAAAGUUUAAAUCUUGCAGAAAGCGGUAUGUUAGGGAUGAAUUUCGGUAGAUUUAGUAUCGAUCGUUUAAAUUUGGGUGUAGGUUUUGUUCUAUUUGCCCUUGGUUUCACCUUUUGGUUUAUAUCAUGUUAUACACUAUCGCUAUUGGUGUUAAACAUUCGAGGAGAUACAAUGUACCAGAAUUCGGUACAUCAACUUGUAACUUUUCUUAAGUCUGAAAGAGUAGAAAAUUCUAUUAUUGAAAAAGUAGCGGAGCAUUUCCGAUAUUGUUGGAUAAGAACCAAGGGAGUAAACUUACAACAAUUGACCAAUGAACGCAUCGGUGCCGUGUUCAGACAGGAUUUAAGUUAUUAUUUCUAUAAAAAAACUUUUACAAUUCUGGAUUCAAUAAUUGGUGGUGGAGAGAUAGUACAAAGGCAACUGGCCAGUGUCAGUGCGGUUGCUUACUAUUUGCCCAAUCAUGAUAUAUUUAGGGAAAUGGAUGUUUGUCGUUAUAUAUGCAUUGUACACCGGGGAAGAGUCAAUAUUUUCAAAAAUGAUAAGAAAAUCAUUAUUCUGACUAAGGGUGACGUAUUCGGUCAACUGGAAGGUGUGAAAGUACGUCCAGUUCGUGUGACAGCUGUAGCCGAAAAUUACGUGGAUUUACUAUUGAUUGAAAUAUCUGCCUUCCAAACUAUCAUCACCGAUGAGAUGCGAUAUAAAAUCAGUAAAAGUAGACAAGCCAAGAAUAACUUUAUGGCAACCAAAAAUGUUUUCGUUGAAAAUCCUUACGACUCCGUUCCAUACCUUCUACGUGGACGUAAAAUUAUAAUUUUACCGAGUCAUGAUGUGCCCAUAGAGGCUAUUGAUGGAUCAUGGUAUUCUCGCUGGCUAUAUUUAGCAUGGUUAAUUAGUCCAUUUUUUUCGAGUUUCACGGUCUUUAUAUCCGCAGCUCUACCUUCAGGAUCUCAAUUAUCGGUUCAAUUACUAGCGUUGCUUGCCAUCACGGAUCUUAUAGGUUGGGUUAACUUUGUAGCCGAGUUUUACUCUGCUGAACUCAUCGUAGCUAGAAAUAAAUUAGCUUACCGUCGUUUUGGUGUAAAGAAAUUCAGGGAUUGGACUUUGUAUCUUGAUGCUUUGUCUUUGCUUUUACCUCUGGUUACAUUAUUUACUGGACGCUGGGGUUUCCAACUGGCGAGACUGCUAAGAUUGAAAUUCUUUUUGGAUUUCGACACUCAUUUUUGUAGAGGCUUCAGGAAUCAAAGAGCCACCUACGUUUUGAAAUUCACAAUUUUAUUGUUGUUGUUGCACUUUUUUACGAUUGGAUGGAUUUUAUUUGGAUGUCAACAACCACAAUUUCCAACUGAUAUCGCAGAUACACGUCAUUUGAAUACAACUAUAGAUUUUACACAAUGGGCUCCGGUUUAUACUAGAAAAGAUGGUUGUGCAAGAGCCACAAGAACAUUUACUGAUAAUUACGGUAACGAAAAUCCAUCGUUUGUAGUGCCUAGAUAUUGGCUUCAUGAUUAUGUGGUUGCUUUAACCUACAUUUUAAUUAUCCAUACUCAUACCAGCAUAGAUACAGUAAUAGCUUUGUCCCUAAAGCAAUUGUAUUACAAAAUAUUUGUGACCUUUCUCAUGUAUUUGCUGGAUAUUUGGAUAAUGGCUCUGGCAAUCAAUUAUGCAUUUAAAAAUUUCCGUCUAUUAUAUAAUUAUGACUACGGUGUUCAACGGAUGUUGAUGUAUCUAGAUCAAAAUGGAAUUAACCAUGCUAUUCUUGAUAUAGUCAAAGAGUACACUGAUCAUUUGUGGACGAGACAGAGAGGCGACCGGCUUCCCGAAUUAGUUUAUGAUGUGCCCCCAUGUUUACGAAAUGAUCUGUUCUCUUCAUUGUACAUACAUCAUUUGGAUUCUGCUCCGGCGUUCCGUCAACUACCUGAUUACUUUAAAAGACAGUUAUGUGCAAGAUUUACAAGAUUAGUAAUAUUUCCAGGAAAGUGCAUUGUACGGGAGGGUGACACUUUUAAUACGACGUACUUCAUUCACCAGGGUGAAGUAGAAAAGUGGAUGACCGAUGCUAAUGGUGAAGGGAAAUUGGUAUCUAUAUUGUACACAAAUGGCUAUUUUGGAUGUAUUACUGGAUUAUACCCUAGUGCUAGCUUUCGAUUCUCUUAUUACACACGGACGGUUGUGGAUCUCGUCUAUUUGAAUCUCUCAAAAUGGGAAGACCUGAUGGAGAGCUACCCAGAAGUCAAACGUACCCUUUGUAGUGUCCUCAAGCCAAAGAAAACAGAUUUUCCCAAAAAUGUGGCCUGAUUACCACUCCAUUGACUUCAUGGAAAACACAAGAAGAUGGUUUUCGACAUUAAUAUUUAAUUUUAU